AUGAGACAAGAAGAAAUUCCGCCAAGCCACGCGAUACCUACCGUCCCUGGGCCGAAGCCUCAUGUUCCAACGCCGCCUGUGGUAGAUCCCAGCGGUCUGUUCACAGUUGACCCAAACCCCACUCCGGUUGACCAUCUAUUUCGGAAUCAGGGUGCGGUCGGGGACAAGUCAAAGAAGACUGCCAAAAGGAAAGCUAGCGAUUUGGAACCCCAAGUGCAAUCUCGUAAUGGCGGGUUUGGAAAUACACAGCAGGUCAAGAAAGCUAGGUUGGACUAUGCAAAGGAGGAAGCGCCCGUGGAGGAGGAUGAUUCUUUCGUACGGGGUGUAGAAGCGAGAUCUCGAGCGAAGGAAGAACGCAAAAAGACAAAGAUGGAGAAGAAGAGAAAGCGCCAGAGCGACGGAUCAACGAACAGCGUGAGUAAAGGUCCGAAGAAUAAGAAGCAGAAGCAAAAACAUGCACAGAAGCUCCCAGGUGCCACAACACCUGCCGAUACUCAAGCGAACAUGGGCAAGAAGCGAAGCAAGGAGGAUUCGACCAGCAAUGGGGCUCAGAACGGCCAGCCUGCCAAAAAGCGCAAGAAGUCGAAGUCUCGAUAA